GCGGCAUCGUGACGAUCCGCACACUUUGCAUUAUUCAACUGUUAUCCGUAAUAUUACUACCACCACAACUGCCAUAUUUUGUUAUUACUUGUUAUUUAAUGUUUGUACCUACAACGUUACUGCUGUAAAAAUUGUAAAAAUGGCCGAUUCUGAUGUCAAAGAUAUGCUUUCAGCUUGGGGAUUGGAAUCGUACAUUGAUGUAUUCAAAGAACAUGGAAUAGAUUUAUCAUGCUUUUCACUUCUAACGGAUGAUAUGUUGAAAGAUGUUAUGCCUAUGGUUGGUCAUAGGGCUAAGUUUAGGGCAAAUUUAGAAGAGUGGCGUAAGUUACUUGCCCUUGCUAAUAAUCAGGUGUCAGUUAUGGUACCUGUACGGGAUGUCAGUUGUAAUAAAAGUAUGGCAAAAGUCAUGGCGUGGAAUUGUGAUCCGGAGUCCUCCGUUUCUUAUGAUUGGAAUAAGAUAAACAUAAAAUUUCCGAAAUAGAAAUCGGAAUCAGCACAAUCCUGGAGCUCGUUAUCGAUGAUAAAGACAUAAUUAUCUUGUUUGUAUUGUAUUAUAUUUUGUAUUAUAUUGUUAUAUUUGUAUAAAAUUAUAUUGAAUUUGUUAAGAAAAAAAAACAUGUACAUUUUCUUGUAAUUUUUUAUGUUAAAAAUAUAAUUUGAAGAAUACAACUACUAUAAGAACAUUAUAUGGUAAAAAUUCAAUAAAACUAAGACUGCAAUGCGGUUCACUGGUUGCAAGAAAUUGAGCUGAGCGAGUUAAACACACCGAAACUUAUUGAAAUUGUUUUUUGAAUGACAUGGAUUUGAUAGAUUCUGAUAACUGAAAAGCUACAAAUUAAGAUGACACUAUUGUUGGGACAUGCUUUUGUUCGAGGAAGCGUUUUUACUCUCAAAUAUAACUCUCAAACAUUUAUAUUUAAUACAUUUUUCUUAAAUAUUACAAUUGACAAACCAAAAUAACAAAU